AUGAUAGAGAUGAAGACAAUUUUCAUGGCAUUUUUCUUUAUUGCCACUUUAGUAUCAUAUGUGUAUCCAAGUUUGGGUCAAAAAGUUGUUGACGAUGAACCACUGGUCAAUUCUGGUCGCGAAUUUGAUACAUUGGAUAUGAUAUCGCCGGCUUCCGAAGAUUAUAAUAUUCAUAUGCUCAAGAACAUGUCACCAAAAUACAUAACAUAUGUCAAAACAUGUCAUGACAAGAUGGGGCCCAGUGGUGGUGCGAAAUGUAAUGAUGAUGUUCUUGAAGAAAUUCUUACGAAUAAACCCGUUUCCAGAGAAUGUUGUCUGAAGGUAGUAAAAGCCGGUAAAGAAUGUUACAUGGAAACUAUAAAGUUUAUAUUUCGAUUGUAUCAACUCAAACGUUUUGCUUCUCAAGUUUCUUUCAAAACCAAUAAGGUUUGGAAUAGAUGUUCUAUUGAAGUUGAAGAUCCUUCAUCAUCUCAGGAAAGUCCUUCAUAGAUGUUAUCUUGAUUGGUUGAACUUCCGUUAUAUUAUAUGAUGUAUUAUAAAAUAAUGGUUUGUUAUACUAUUCUAUCUAUAUAAAAUGAAAUCAAAGUUUCCUAUGAAUAUUUGUUCUCCUAAUUUUAAUCAUGGGUUGUUUUACCAAGUGUUUGUUUAGUACAGUUUUUAGAUUAUCAAAUAUAAGAUCUGAUUGCACAUGAAUCUUGUUAAAAAUAUAUGUGUAUAUUUUUUUCUUUGUAACUGGAAUAAAUUAUGUUGUUUAAAAAUCAAGUAAAUUUAUAAGAACAAAUAAAAAGUGAGAAAACGGCAUAAGAAAAGAAAACAAUAUAGGUAACUCUCAUUUUUUCUUUGGUAUGUAUCCCUUUUACAUCUAGGCAGUGUAUUAUUAUAUGUAUAACUCUGGGAUUAUAAUAGCAAUAUUGUUCUAUGACGUACAAUUGUACGCCACCAAUCUCAUCAUUUACCUUUCUAACAAGCAUGGCCGGCAAUGGACAUAAAUAUGAGUGAAUUAUUGGCCUGUGAUCUCUAAAAUUUUAAAAUAAAUUUGUAACAAAGCAACUUGAAUCCAACGAUCUCUCUCUACUGGUUAAGGUUUAAAGGCUUUUACACUCAUGUCUAAGGUUCGAAUCCCAGACUAUGCAAUUUCUAGCGGAUUACAAGAAAUUCAAGUUUCAAGUCCCGGAGGAAGCGAAUUAUUAAACAAUUAUGUCGACUACGGAAGAAAGACUUACAAGGGAUCUUCAACAUUGUGCAAGUAAAUCUGGCCAGACGUAGAUCUUCAUAGGACAACUCAGGUGAUGCAGUUAGACUUAAUCGUCUCUUUCUGAUAUCGUAAUAUCCUAAUAAAUUAGCAUUAAAAAAAUAAUGAUAAAUAGUUUACAAAUCUACUUGCAACAUCUUCUUCACGUGUGUGGUGGUCUCAACUUCAGCCACAGGUUAGAACAUAAUUUAUCAUUGUUUAUGUCGGUAAUUAACACGUGAUGCAUAGUUUAGAGAGUACACUUUGAAUAUCUCAACAACAUUCUUACCAAACUCUUAGCACUAAUUUUAUUAAUUAGAACAAUUCACUUGAUACGCGGCGUGAUAAUUGACACAUCAUCAUCAUACAGAUAAAGACAUACUACUUAUUUCUUCUUACGCCAUUAAACCAAA